CAAUUUUAUGGUGGGAGUGUCUCCCCAGAAUACAGAUAAAUAGUUUUGAAUUAUUUUGUAAGAUCGGUAGACAACAUUUGCUGUGUAUUUUACAGUUACCGGCGUUGAUUGUAUCGUAUUGAUUUACCUUUUAAAACAUUUAUGGGUAAAGGAAAAUCUACAAAAAUCUUGGUUUAUGUUAUAUAGGGAAACUGGUGAUGAAACCCGCAGCUUAUCACACAUGGAGCAGCAGAGGGAGUUAAAACCGUGUGGUAUGGAACCGUGUGGAAGGGGUGAAGUCUUUUGGGCGGAAAGUUUGGGAGACCUUUAUGAAGAGAGCUACGCAAAAACAGGACACUCGAUUGUGUUUCCUCGUCAUCCUCUAUGUUCUGGUUUGACACCUACUUCUGCAAAGGAGUUAGGCUUGCUUCCCGGGACUCCUGUUGGAACUUCACUUAUGAUGCUUAUGCCGGGUGUCUUGGAGUCAUGGAAAGUGUGCCAAAUGCAGAGUUUAAAGCUGAAACGAUGAUACCUGAGUUUUGGCUCAAGGAAUGUGGCCAAAGUGCAACUGGCGCUUUACUUGAUUACAUUGCUCAAAACCAUAUUGCGGCUCCCUUUUCUUGCUAAUCAAGCUGCUUCUGAAAAUAAUUAUGGUGAUGUUGUCCAUAGGAUUUCUUGUGCUUCAAAUUUUGUUGAUCGAAAGCGGAGUAAGGAGCCCAUCUUUCAUGGAAUCAUCUACAACGAUGCACGACUGGAUCGAAUUGAAGAGCAAAUAUAUUUUGGCGAGGAAGGACAAAUGUUAAUUAGGUUUCAUUUUAAUUAGGCUUCAUCUUUGUUGCAGUCAGUUGAUUUCAGAAAGUAUUACAUUCAGAUUAGUUGAAGAUAGACAAAAGCCUGAAUUCUUAUUAGCUGGUGGUUGAGCCAUACAAACGUUGUUCUAAUUUCUACAAGGCAAGUCGAGAUUGACUUUAAAAACUAAGGAUUAUGCAGCCAUAAUCUGACAUUAAAUUAAUUGAAUUAGAGAAUUGGAGGCUGGAGAAGUCGGUUGCACAGGGCAAAAAAGAAACAAAAUUG